AGCUUUCCGCCAAAACGAAACUGCCGUAAAUGACCGACUGGCACACAAAAUAUAAAGCCGUUAAAAUAUUGAGUAGCUCAAAAGAUUCAAGCCAUAUUUGAAGAUUCUGACGUUUCUUAUGGAAAUGGCCAAUAAAUACAUAAAAUUGCUUCAAAUGAGGAUUGAUUUAAAUAGUACACUUGACAUUUUAGAAAAUGUCAAGAUAUGAAAAUUUGCAACGCAUCACAGCAUUGGCGCCAGAUUUUAGUUCUGGAUAUCAAGAAGUAUGCCAGUUGAUUGAUGCGUGGUCUUUUGGGCGAUAUCAAGUAUUGCUACUACUUUUAUGCUCUGCGGGAUAUUUCGCGGUUUGUGCCGACUUACUUUUGAUUGUUUACAUUGAACCAUCACUGGAAGCCUCAUUCGGAAUGUCUAACAUGGAUUUUGCGUUUCUGAAUUUUGCCACCUGUAUGUCGUCCAAUGCGGGCGCUGUUGUUUUUGGAUACUUUUCAGACCGUAACGGGAGAAGAACUCCUUUUAUCUUAUCGGCAACUAUUGCCGCUUUGUUUGGAAUCGGCUCUAUGCUGUCGAACUCAUAUUGGCUCCUAAUGGCCUUGAGGACGGCAGUCGGGUUCGGGUUGGGGGGAUUGGCGAGUAUUGAUUUCCUCAUUUUCAAUGAAAUGUGUCCAAAAAGAGUAAGAGGCAAAGCCACUUUGGUCAUCACAGUUUUCGGAGCACUGGGGGUUCUUUUAAUGGCAGGGCUCAACUUAGUUCCUUGGAACGAGUAUUUGCCUACCAGUGAAAAAUGGAGAUUCAUGAUAUUCAUUGGAGCACUGCCUAUGCUGGUAGUUUGUAUAGCGAGAGCUUUUCUGAUUGAUGAAUCUCCGAAGCAUCUCGUUUCGGUCGAGAGAUACUCCGAAACAAUUGAGGUGUUGAAAAAGAUAGCAAGGUGGAAUAGAGAGAGGUUUGAACCAGAAGCCGAUACUCCGACUUUGCAUCGUCUGAGCCUUGAAAGCAGCUCUGAUCUUGAUAUAUCUCUUGAUGACAUCGCAAAACCAGGUAUUGUGACACGUUUUCUCUGGCAUCCUUUGAAAGCAUACGGAUCAGUUGUCGCCUACAACCCAAAACUGGCUGUUUGUCUGUUCAGCUGUUGGCUAUUCCAGGGUCUGGCUAAUUGGGGCCUCACAUUAUUUCUUCCCGAAUAUUUGACUUCUAAGGGCGCUAUAUCUGCUGAUCUGACUAUUUUCUUGAUGGUUGCUUGUGAGCUGCCGGGACUUCUGUUGGCGUUUUGUCUCGUGGACGUGCCAUUUAUUGGACGACUGAACCUGAUGAGAAGUCUGUUUCUACUAGCUGCAAUGUCAUCUCUGGCAACUGCUUUCAUUCACCAGCAACUGCUCAUUGUUGUGAGCUGUUGCGCCAUUUAUUUCUUCAUGAUUCCUAACUGGGGAGUACUCUACACCUACUCCUCAGAGGUCUACCCAACCGAGAUGAGGUCCACGGCCAAUGGAUUGUUCCAGCUGCACUCUCUACUUGGGGGAAUGUUCUCCCCCUUUUUAAGUGGCAAGCUGGUCGACAAGUUCACUGCUAAUAAUGGCUCACAAUCUGAAGUGGACUGUUACAUGCUUGCAUGGACUUCGUGUUUGUUUGUCGGAUUCAUUUCGUCUCUGCUGUUGAGAAAGGAGACAUUAACCAUCUCUCUCUAGAGCGUGCAGUCCGUUCAAAAUCAAGUGACUGAAAUCUGGUCAUACUAUUCGAUCUUAAUCUCUCCACUUCGAUCGUUUAUUUCGUCAUUAACAGUGUUAUGUUGUAAUUUAUUGAAUUGAAGCUGCUCUAUAUUCAGUUUGUAUUUUUGCUCUGGUUUAAUAAACAGGUUACAGUUA